UUGCAGCUGCGAUUAGGUUGCCUCGGAUUAGAAGGUAUCUGCGCCGCGGAGAGGAAGCAUCUCUUUGUCACCCUUUCAUUCGAUGCCUGCAUCUCUCUGCACAUAGAGCUCCGACUGGCGAUAAACGUGUGUUCACAUCCAACGACAGGGGCAAACGGUUCGCUUAUAGGUCCUCGGUGCCAUUUUUUCUUUUCUUUCUUUCUUUCUUUCUUUCUUUCUUUUUUUUUUGGUCUUUGUUUCCUCCUUUUUAUUUUGCUGUGGUCGCCCUGCUGGAUUGUUUCCUCUCUAACAAAGCCAGAUCUCGGUCUACCUGCGGACAGCUGCUCCCCGAACCAGGCAGCUAUUGGUUGUGCUUCGGCUGCUCGGCUCAACAAAUGCAGAAAAGAGAGAGAAGUUUCGGUAUACAAAUGCUCUCCGUCCAGCCGGACACCAAGCCAAAAGGCUGUGCCGGCUGCAACCGGAAGAUCAAGGACCGCUACCUGCUGAAAGCCCUUGAUAAGUACUGGCACGAGGACUGUCUCAAAUGUGCCUGCUGUGACUGCAGGCUAGGUGAGGUGGGCUCCACGCUGUACACCAAAGCCAACCUCAUCCUGUGCCGGAGAGACUACCUACGUUUGUUUGGUGUAACAGGAAACUGUGCAGCCUGCAGCAAACUAAUUCCAGCCUUUGAGAUGGUCAUGAGGGCCAAGGAGAAUGUCUACCACCUGGACUGCUUUGCAUGCCAGCUCUGUAAUCAAAGGUUUUGUGUGGGAGACAAGUUUUUCCUAAAAAACAAUAUGAUUCUGUGCCAGACUGACUAUGAGGAGGGUCUGAUGAAGGAAGGCUACGCUUCCCAGGUGCGCUGAUCUUCAUAGGCCAACACAGAGGAAGAGGAGGAAGAAGAGGAGUGGGAGAAAGAGACACUAAAGAAGAGCUCGCAAUCAAAAAGCACUAUUGCCUUCUGUCCAGCUUCUGCCCUCUACAUGUACAUACCCAAGCAAUCCUUGCUGAGAGGGGACACACUUUGCUGUACAGAAUAGCCAUAAAAACAAGGUGGCAGCGAAAGACCCUGGAACGUGUACAAAAACAUGUUUGUACAUUCCUUCAUAACUGACAGAUCCUCCUUCCAGGUGAUCUACAACAACUGGCCACAGAGCAAUUUCUUACCAACAGCUGAUCUGGGUAGCUGGAAAAAAGCCCUACUAAAGUGGACUUCUCUUAUCUGAUAAAGAGAGCAUGACACUUGACUGCAGAGUUCAACAGCUUAAACAUCUCUUGAAUACACAUAUGGUUUGUAAAUUGGUGUAGUUCUGAAACAAAAACCUUUUUACUCCAGAUGUAAAAAAAAAAAAAAAAAAGAAAAAAGAAAAAAGAAAAAAGAAAUACAGUAAAUGUGAACUAAACAGGGGAAAAACUAAUCAUUUUGAGUGACUAUUGCUGUGUUUGUUUGUUUGUGUGUCUACGAACGCUGGCAUCAGUAUUUAUUCAGUAGCAGCAUAAUUAUCAGCCCACUUUAAGCUGUUCUGAAGUUUUUAUGCUACCAACUCAGCACCACACAACGUUCACACAGAUUUAGCAAUGAGUUUGGGAAACUCUUGAAAUCUUCCAAAAGUGGCACACGAGCUGGUGGAGAUAAAACCAGAGCAGCUGCUUUCGGUUUCAGUUCAAGUUUAAUCCUAUGGUGGCAGAAACAGUCUUAAGAAACUUUACAGAACCCCAAGUCACCAAACCUACAGUAACAAUGAAAAGUGAAAAGCUUUAUAGCGAGAGGAAAGUUUUAGUUGAAUUUAGCUGAAAUGGGGGGGGGGGCUGUAAACAAGCAGUUAAGAAGAGGAGGGAUGUGAGAGAAGAGGAGAAAGAGACAGUAGAAGAGACAAUAGACAGAAAUGUUCAUACAGAUAGAAGGUUAAAGUAUGUUAGCUAACAUGCGGCGUAUGCAGUAUAUAUUCUACACAUAAAGGUGCAUGACAUACAUGAUUGACACUGGAUAAAAUAGAGAAAACUUACUUAAAGUAUUAAUCAUGAGGAAGAGAAUCAUGAGUACGCUUGCACAAAGUUUGACUGUAACAUAUAACAACUGCUCUGCUUAUGAUAUAUGCAGAGUAGAAUUUUUUUAAACGCUAUAUUCAUACUUUGUCAAAAAAAUGUGUUGAAAACGAGUUGGCACGUAGGAGUGGACAGCUUCAAAGACUAAACUCAGUUCAGGGUAGUGGAUCCAACAAUAGUGGAUCAGAAACAUCUCACACAACUGUGGAAGCAGUGACUCUGAAAAAAAUGCACAGCAAGAUGAAGUCAUCGAAAGGAUGACAUGCAAUAGUGACAUAUACUGUAAAUUCAUGCAGAAUGAAAAAGUGCAUCACAAGAGGUCCCCUGGAGCCUAUAGCAGCAUAACUUAGGGAUCGUUUGAGGUCACCUGAGGCAGUCCUAAAUGCAAGCUUUAUAAAAACAAAUCUGUUUUAAGUGUUAAAGUAGAGAGGAUAUCUGCCUGACUGGCUUCACAGGAUAGUUGCCUGAUACCUAAAAAUUCUGUCACCCAUUCUACUAUUGGAAACCUUAGGUACCACAUGUAGACUUUGUUCUGCAGUCUACAAACAGCCAUCUGUAAGGACAGUUUUAGACAAUAUAGACCCAGAUUUAAUGCCCAUAGACAAACACAUGUUAGAUAUCUUAUAGGGGAAAAGAGUACGUUUAGUUUCCAAAAUGUCUCCAUUAGAGCUACUUUCAGAUCAACCUGGAUUUUGAUUUAGAUUUGCACAUUUUUUUGGAGACUAACAUGGGGCACUGCUUAUGGAGGCAGAUUGUGGAAGUUGUAUGGAAUAUGGUGAUCAUUCAGACUGAUGGGGCACUACUUUUAACAUUGUAAUUGAUCAGCCUUCAAUACAUCACCUGUUAUCCAGAUUUUUUGACAUGAUGAUACAUAAAUCCAAUUGAUGAUUUCACCAACACUGUUUAUGCUUAUGCUGGGGACAGUUGUGUAACUUUCAGCACAGUCCCAGUUAACUGCACUCCAGUCCUGGUGUCACAGUGGCUACCUACUGCAGAGGAGUCAUAUACUUGAGGUUUGGUGAGAGAAAAACAAAACUUUCAUCUUUCUAUAUUAAAUAUCAGUAUUUGAGUCUGUAACACCAUUUCUUACUGGAAAAGAAAAAGCAUUUCAGUACUUUAGAACUGUGACCAUACAUAAAAGAAAUAUUCCUUUUUGUU